AUGCUCAGCGUCCACGCCGCGCUGCUCCUCGCCGCUGCCUGCGGACCGGACGCACCGCCCGUCUGGCCGCGCCGCUUCACGCUCGUACAGCGGCGCGUGCCCGACGCCUCCGCGUCCGUGAGCCUGGCGACGACGGUCACAUUUUACGACGCCGACCGCGGCGCCAACCUCAUCCAGAUCACGCCCGACGCCAACGCGUCUGACGUGGUCUGGGACCUCGAGCUCGACUCGCGCCUCUCCUACUACUUCACUCCGAGCACCGGACAGUGCAAAGAAAUCGCGAUGCCCGUGGGAGUGCUCCGGCCGACGUGGCUCUCGAACGCGACCUUCCUCGGCCGGAAGCGCGUCAACGGGCGCGACUGCCUCGCCUACACGAAGGCGGACUUCAUCGACUACUACGCCGACGCCACCACCUGCGAGCCCGUCUCGUGGUACUUUCACACCAUGCGCGCGCGAUUCGACUCGGUCUUCUGGGCGCCCGGCCUCGCGGUGCCGAACGCGAGCUGGCUUGCGCCGCCGCGCUACUGCCGAGAGGAGGCGUCGCCCGAGCCGGUCGCCGCGGCCUCUAAAAAAAAGCUCAAGCUGGAGUAG